GAAUUUUACUUCCAUAGGCCAAAAAAAUUUUAUUGCUCACAAUAGUAGUAAAACUUCUAUCAAAGAUAAUUGCAAAUAUUUUCUAAAUUAAAAAAAAAAAAUUGGAAUAUUUCAACAUAUAUUCAUUAAACUUUAAAUUUUUUAUAGCCUUUUGUUGUAAAAAUUGGAAUUGUAAUUUAAUUUUUUAUGACGGAUGUGAAAUAAAGCUGAAAUUAUGUCAUUGUUUAAUUUUAUGAUGAAAGUAUCGAUAUAUCAAACUGCAACUUAGCGGGAAAACGAAAGCGUACAAGAUUAUUUUUCGUCAAUUGUUUACAUAAAUUGAAAUUGUUAAUAGGUAUUGUCGGACUUUUUGUGAUAUUCGUGUUUUGAAUUUGUAAACCCGGCACAAGCUAAGCGUUCAGGAGCAAACGCCGGAAAACAAACCUCCAUUCCUUCCUUCCUAUUUCAGACAAUAACGAAUGAAAAUGGGUGAGCCUUUAGUGACACACAACUUACCAUGGGUUGAAAAAUACCGUCCUGAAAAGCUAGACGAUUUGAUUGCCCAUGAAGAUAUUAUACGUACCAUAAAUAAGUUCAUAAAAGAAGAUAGAUUACCUCAUUUGUUAUUUUAUGGUCCACCUGGAACUGGUAAAACAUCUACAAUUCUGGCUUGUGCCAAGCAAAUUUAUUCUCCUGCUGAAUUUUCAAGUAUGGUGCUUGAAUUAAAUGCAUCUGAUGAUCGUGGUAUAGGAGUUGUAAGAGAGCAGAUUCUGAGUUUUGCAAGCACUAGAACAAUAUUCAAGUCUGGUUUUAAAUUGAUUAUAUUAGAUGAAGCAGAUGCUAUGACAAAUGAUGCACAAAAUGCAUUAAGGAGAGUUAUUGAAAAGUUUACUGAAAACACCAGAUUCUGUUUGAUUUGCAAUUAUCUGUCUAAAAUCACACCAGCUAUUCAGUCUCGAUGCACAAGAUUUAGGUUUGGACCUUUGUCAAAUAAACAGAUUCUUCCUCGAUUGGAACAUGUCAUUGAAAAAGAAAAUCUCAAUGUUACAAAAGAUGGCAAAAAGGCCUUAAUGGAUUUAGCUCAAGGCGAUAUGAGAAAAGUUAUUAAUGUUCUUCAGUGUGCUGCCUUAGCUUUUGAUGUAGUGAAUGAAGAAAAUGUUUAUGCAUGUGUUGGACAUCCUUUGAAAUCUGAUAUGGAGAAGAUUGUUAACUGGCUUUUAAACGAUGACUUUAUGCCUGCUUAUAAAAAUAUUAAUGAAUUAAAAAUUUUAAAAGGAUUGGCACUUCAAGACAUUUUAACUCAAGUUCAUUUAUUUGUUCAUAGAAUUGAUGAUUUACCAGAUGAUGUGAAAAUUCAUUUAUUAGAAAAAAUGGCUGAUAUAGAAAAUCAUUUAGCGUCGGGAACUAGUGAAAAGAUACAAUUAAGUGCAUUAAUUUCUGCAUUCCAAGUUGCUAGAGAUAUGGUGCCAUGAUUUUUUAAAAAAAUGUAUUUAUAUUUAUGUAAAUAAAGACUCAAAAUUUUGCAAA